CGCGCCCCUUUCACCUCCCUCACCCAGCUGCUAUUAGCUGGUGCUCCGUACCCUCUCCAGCUUCCGCCCUUGUCCCUCACAAGUGCUCUUCGCGCCACCAUACCGGGCUGCAGCGAUGGGCGAUGGGGUGCUUGAGCACGACUUGCGCGCUUCGUCUCCCUUUGCAGGUCCUGAAUGCGGCUCUCACGCUCAACACCCGGUGCCCUUGCCCUUGCCCUUGCCCGUCACACCGCGUCGUGUCGCGCAUCAGAGCCCAUGUUGUCUAGGACGCGGGAUGGGCUGAGAGAAGGCGGGUGGCGGUAUCUUCUCCCGUUAGCCUGUAUGGUACCAGUAGGUGCUGGAGCCCUGCUGCACGGAGGCUACGCGCGGGGGUACUCUGUCGUCCGAGCGACGACUAGGUUGUUAAUCUCUAUCGGACCGAUAGGUUUAAUGACUUGGUUCGCGUCCAUGGCAGAGGCUUGCUGUGCUAGCCCGCGGCGACCGCGAGACAUCCUUGAUAGUUUCAGCAAGAAGGCGCGAUGGAAAGAUGAGUUGCUCGUCGAGUCUCGUCGAAAACGCGUCGAGGAUGGGUGUUGUGAUGAUGGUGGCAAACGCGAUCCGGGCGCCCUUUUAUAUCCUGAGGAGGAAGCCACCAUGGCCUUGGCCACACGAACCGUGGCCUCUGGUUUGCGGCAUCUGCGGCCAGCUCCCACAUUUGAUUGGCUGGCUUAAUUUUCUUCCUCUGUGGCCGGGCCACAGACACGGCCACUGUCGACGGCGUAUGGCCAGUGGCCGUAUUGAUGUGCAUGUCUUGCGUGCCCAGUUUUCCCAUGCAU